CCCGGUGCUGAGUCUCCCCCCGGCUCACGGAGGCUCCGGCGGCGGCGCUCCCUUCCCACCGCUCCCCCGGGCGGCGAUGGCUCCGGCGCCCAGCCGCCCCCCCCGGGCACUGUGAGCGCCCGCCCGCCCCGGCCCGGCCCGGCCCCCGGCGUGGAUGCAGCAGCUCCAGGCGCCCCUGGCUCCGCGGGGGGACGCGGCAGGUUUUCCUUCUGCCUCCUGUGAGAUUUGUUAUGGCAACCUGCAGUGAACAAUGACAUCCUCUGACAAAUAUAGAUGCCAAAAAGCCAGACGAAAACAGUGGCCUUGUUUCCUUUUUACUCCAACACAGUGAAAUGGUGCUCUUACAGUUUUAUUAUUGACUCUUACUGGGAAAAAACCUCCUGGCUGGACAGUUUCCCCCAACCCUCUCCCAGUGUUCUGAUGGAUGGCUGACCACGACAUCAUGUAGUAGGCCCUCAAGUGUUGUCAUAACUGAGUUGCAAUGGUUUUAUACACUUCCCCAUUUCCCAACAGCUUUCUCUCCGUUCUGCAUUCCUUUUCUUGGGGCCUGAUUUUCCCAUGUUAUUGGUUUGCAGAUAGGCUUGUGGCCUCUUUUGUUCCAACCACCUAUGAAAAACGUCAAAGAGCAGAUGAUCCAUGCUACUUUCAUGCACUCUGCAUCAUUAUUACCACCCCCAUCUACUUGGCACUGCUGGUAGCCUCUCUUCCUUUUGCUCUGAUUGGCUUCCUGUUAUGGUCCCCACUGCAGUCAGUCAGAAGGCCGUAUAUCUACUCCAGACUGGAAGACAAGAGCCAUGCCAAUGGAGCCACGCUGCUCACUGAAUGGAAGGCUGCAGGAAAUGGGAAAAGCUUCUGCUUUGGCAGUGCUAACGUUUGCCUGCUGCCAGAUUCUCUGGCAAGAUUUAAUAAUGUUUUCAAUACACAGGCUAGGGCUAAAGAGAUUGGCCGGAGGAUCCGAAAUGGGGCAAGCAGACCACAGAUCAAAAUAUAUAUAGAUUCUCCUACUAACACAUCCAUCAGUGCAGCAAGUUUUAGCAGCUUGGUCUCCCCUCAGGGUGGAGAUAGCACUAAUCGUACUGUCAAUGUUGGCAUGAAAAGGACAACAUCAAUGGAGUAUAAAGGAGACAAUUCUGGCUCAAACAACGGUGAGGAUAGUAGAGAUGAUAAGGCUGGAGUUGGAGAGCCAAACGAAGGAGAAGAUAACUCUUGCAUUGUCCGCAUAAACGGAGAGGAUAAUGGCCACGUGUCAGACGCAGAAGCAGAUACCAUCAAUGGCCAGGCUAACACCAGUGGCCCAGCAGAGCAGUCCCAGGAAGGCGAUGCAGAGAACUCAAAAACACCUAACCACAGGCAGAAGGAAGGAGAUUCUGGGAGUUUGGACAGCUACACUGCCUCACGAGAGUCCUUAGUUAAGGUUCGCAUUGGAGAUGGUACAGUGGACCAAAGCACUGUCAAUAACAAGCUUCUCUACAAAGCUUCAAUCAUGAAGAAGACUUCAGUGCGGAAAAAGAAACACACAGAUGAGACCUUUGAUCAUGAGAUCUCGGCUUUCUUCCCUGCCAACUUGGACUUUUUGUGUUUGCAGGAAGUGUUUGACAAAAGGGCUGCAGAGAAAUUGAAAGAGCAGCUUCAUCACUAUUUUGAAUACAUUGUCUAUGACGUUGGCGUCUACAGUUGCCAUGGCUGCUGUAGCUUUAAGUUUGUGAACAGUGGUCUGCUUUUUGCCAGCCGCUAUCCUGUUAUGGAUGCUGCUUAUCACUGUUACCCCAAUGGAAAAGGAACGGACUCCUUGGCUUCCAAGGGAGCCUUGUUUCUCAAGGUGCAAGUGGGAAGUACACCUCAGGACCAAAGAAUUGUAGGAUAUAUUUCCUGUACUCACUUGCAAGCUCUUGCAGGAGAUACUACUGUUCGAUGUGAGCAACUGGAUAUGCUUCAAGAUUGGCUGUCUGAAUUCAGAAAAUCUACCUCCUCCUCCAGCACAGCCAAUCCAGAGGAGCUGGUGGCUUUUGAUGUAAUCUGUGGAGAUCUCAACUUCGAUAACUGCUCCUCUGAGGACAAGCUGGAGCAACAGCAUUCUCUGUUUACACACUAUAAAGACCCAUGUCGAAUUGGUCCUGGGGAGGAUAAACCAUGGGCAAUCGGUACCUUGUUGGAUCCCGAAGGACUGUAUGAUGAAGAAGUGUGCACUCCAGAUAAUCUGCAGAAGGUGCUGGAAAGUGAAGAAGGAAGGAAAGGCUACUUAGUCUUUCCCACCAGCAAGAACCAUAGUUCCAGUCAAAAGGGGAGGAAGGCAUCAUUGAAAGGCAAUGGGAGGAGAAUUGACUAUAUGCUUUAUACAGAAGAAGGUCUCUACCUGGAAUGGAAAGUGGAAGUAGAAGAGUUCAGCUUUAUUACCCAGUUAGCAGGCUUGACAGACCACCUACCGGUAGCAAUGCGUCUAAUGGUGUCAACGGGAGAAGAUGACCCUUAAAACUGACCAGCUUUGAGAGAUUAGAACAGGGAAACAUUGACGACAUUAAAAAAAAAAAAAAAGAAAAAAGAAAAAGAAAAAAAAAAAGAACAUAAGAAAGAACUAUUCUGGUGCCACGUUAGGAAAGAUGACCAGACCUGACCCAGGCUGCGCUCCAGAAUGUACCAACAAUAGAGGAUAUAAAAAGGGAAGAAAUUGAAGGGGUCGUGGCCAAAAAACCACUGUCACAAGUUGCUCAGGCAACAGGGCAGGCCUGUAUUACAAUGCUUUCACUGUGGACCGAAAGGAACCAAGAUGGACGUCCUAAUUCCUUCUGAACCAGUGCCAUUCUUAUUAAAACAUGUUUUUAUACUAAUAUAUAGCACAAUUUAGUUUGUAAUUAGUCUGUGAGUUAGUGCUGCUCAAUGGUUUUUUGCAUAAUUUCUUUGUAUAACUAAGAAGCUAAAGCUUUUUUCUUUUUUAGCCUGUUAAAGUUGUAGUAGCGUGCUUGUAUCAGUAGCAUGCGCCUGCACUGCAUGCCACUCAGAUAAAAUAGUAAGAUACCAUGGGGAAAAUAAGAAUGGAAGUAAAAUCAAAAAUCAGAAACCAGCAAAAGUAAGGCAUUCUGGGACUGGCAAACCCUUCUGUCAUUACAGAUAGAUCUUAAAACAAAACAGCUCUAUUCAGUUUGCAGACCAAUAGUCUCCUGAUUAAGGAUACUUAAAAAAUUAGGAAUUAGACUUCAAAACACCAAAAACACAGUUCUACCAUCCUAUUCCAACUGUGUUCCUAUUACAAUUAUGAAGUGUUUUGUCUGAAUAAUGACUCCAGAAUUAGACCUUUAGUUUUCUAAGCACAAGUUAGUCUUUGAAGAAGAAAUACAGUUCCCCUGUAAUGUCCUUUAUUUCCUUCCCAUAUGUGGGGCAGUUCUGAAUUAUGGUAUGGGAUGAUACAUAGUGUUACAGUAGAGUGAAUAGAUUCCUGUAGUACCAUUGGUAACAUCAGAGUCAACAUUCUGCCUUGGCUAGAAAGAGUAAAUGGGAAAUAGCUUGUAAAAUGCAUGCUAGAUAUAGAGUUCAAAUAAACGUAAGUGACAUUUUUGGAAAACAAGUAUAGAACAGUGUAUGACUGAUAAGGCAGGGUAGCAUAACACUUUCCAAAGGAAUCAGUACACUUAAAGGAAAGAGUAGCAUGGCUAGCUUACAGAAUAAAUAGAAAAUAGAACUGUGACUCUCAGUGUUGAGUAACUUCUGAGCAGAAGGUAGGCUUAUGUCUGCGGGACACAAUUCUGCAUGUGUUAUGCACAGACUUUAAUAGGGGGUCUUGUCAUCUAAUUCAUAUUUUCUUUCCACUGCUGCCCUUUACUGUGGGGCUCUUCUCUGCCAUCUUAUCCCAAUGACCUGACCUACUCAACCUCUGUAACCUUAACAGAAAAACUGAAGAGCUAAGAGUCAGAUCCAUAACUAGAUUUCUUGGCAUUUUUAGGGAUUUAAGUUCAGAAGAGAGCAAAGGUGUCGCCAGAACAACAACAAGACCCCCUUGCUUUUUAAUCCAAUACUUUGUUUCUUCUGCCUAUUUCCCCUUACAUUACAAAAUCCCUGUGUUGAAAAGAGAAGAGUUAAUCUAAAACUUGGACUUACUCCUUUAAGUAAACUGUUUUAGUUAUGCUGGCCACAAACUCCUGAAGAUGCUCUUGUUUUGGUUUAGUUUACACCUGCUAGGAAUCAGCUUGUGAUAAACUAAACUAGAUUUAAAAUAAAAAAUCUCAGUCUGCACAGCCUCUUGUACUGGCUUAAUUAGCUACAAGAAAUCAGCAGAACUUUUACUUAGAUCAGCCGGAUAUUCCAAGCAGAGAAACUCUUAAUAGUCAUGAAAGUACUAACAGUAUUGGCUAAUUCCAAGUAGGCAGUAGGGGCCCUUUUCACACUCUCCCAGCAUGCCCGAUCUUGACAUGUUUUACACCUCAUUUUCCAGUCCUGGCAUCCCUUCAGCAGAGACUGCCUCUUACAAGUGUAGUGUGCCAAACCAUGUGGUAGUCUGCAAAGCGCAACCCAUGGAGACUCAAAAACGGAACCAGACUCAAUUCCCCUUUUUGAUAAAAUUAGGAAUUCAAGUUUACAGCAUCAGAGACUUCAGUGUGCUAUCCCAGUGCACAGUUUCCCACUUUGUAUGUUUCUCUUUAUACAGAGAGCGCACAUACGCGCAGUGUGUUUUUCUGGUUUCUUAUCUCUCCAUCCAGUUCAGAAAGACUUGUACCUGAAACAAUGCUUUUAAUCCUAUUUUCUACCUUGCUUGUAUUUUAUUAACCUUUUUAAAAAAAACAAACAGUAACAGUAGCAAUUUGUGUGCUGUCCAGCAGCUAUUUCUCAGUAGUAAGAUUAAAUAUAAGGUACAGUAUUUUUAAUAGCUUUCCUAACAAUGUAAAUUACAAUUUGAUAUCAACUUCACUGAGUAUCAGUUGCAGUAGCUGAAUUUGACACUGUGGGAUAUAAUCAUAAAACUCUACUGCCAAACAAUCUUACAUUAUUUACAGUAAAACUAAUGUUGUCUAAAUUACUUUUAAAUUAGUUCUGUGACUUUGUGCUGACUAAACACAUCAGGCACUUUUGUCAAUAUUUUGAGAUAUGUUGAGAAAUUUUUUUUCAAAACUGAAGUAAACUGUUUUAGAUUUUGAUGUUCUUAGCUUUUCAGUGAUCAAGAAAUGGAUAGUUGUAAAAUGGUCUCUUUAAACAACACACAUACACAUAACCAGUCUAGGUAGUUCUUACUAAUUUACUGUCUUAAGGAUCUAACUUUGCAAGAGAGUGAUGCUGGGAGGUACAGCAUUGUGGCACCACUGUACAAAUGCUCCUUGCUUUUUUGCAUUGAUCCUGUGCCUUCUGAUGCCUUGAUAUGCUUGCAGGAGUUAGAGAGCACAUAUACUGGUAAACUGUAAAGAAUACACUUUCCUUUCUAGAAAAGUAACAUCCUGGAGAACACCAGGUUGUCUACACUACUCCUACAGUUCCAUACACUAGCUCAGAAAAAAAAUCAUUCAGACAGUAACUAUACUGACAGGGUAUCAAUCAUAACAAGCCUUAGACAGAUACUAUGUAAUAGAAUAUUUGCAUUAAAAUAGAAACAGGCAGAACAUCCCUAGGAAAUUAAACUGUGGAUAGCUUUUUGGAUGUCAAUCCCACCUUGCCUAAGGACAGCAUGACCCACUUUAUUAGUAGGAUGUUAUGUAUAAGAAAUUUGAGUUAAACUUACUGUAUCGUGCUUACCCCACUUUGUACAGGGAUUUCACUUAUCUUCAAGAAGUGGGUGAUAAUGCUAUUCUUGGUUUAAUAACUGCCACUCAACAUGGAUACUGUAGAUGAAGUGUCACCUGUUUUUAUAGAAGCUAGAUAACACACAACAAGACAUCUUCUGUUUCUCGUGUUCAGUCUGCAUUUUACAACAGCAGUUCAAGAACAACUGGACAAAAGACACUUAAAUGAGUACAACUGAAAACUAGGAACUUCCAGAAGAUUCAAGGAUGUCCGGUCCUUACAGCAUUGGUACCUUUAAAUCAUUUUAAAAACAACAACCUACAGAAAGGAGUAUGUAGCCUUUCAGGUGCAUUCAGAGCCACUAAUCUGUGCACUGUUUGUCUGGAGGUCUGAAAGGGAUACCCGAUCCAGUCGCUUUGCACCACAGCUCAGCCACUGAGGACACGGAUAGUAACGCUUGGUGUACAGCUUUAUGCUAUGUGAAAGUGUUUACCAUAACUAAAUAAUCCAAGUGGUGGCCAGCUAGUUUUAUCAUCGCCACAAACUGGAUGUUUAAUAGAAGUUGUCUAAAAUAACUGAACAUAAACUGUACCACACACUGGCUUCAAGAGACGCUUGCAGCCAAUGGAGGUGUGGCCAGCUUUAGAGAAACCCUUGAGAAAGUUAUCUCACGUACUGAGUUUACCUACCUUGUGCAAGUAUUAUUACAAUGUUUUGUCCCAGAAGCACUCUCAGCUAGUCUGGCUAGACCCUCAGUUCUACCUGUUAGAUAAGACAGUAAGAUUUAAGGAACUUGCAAUUCUGAUAUUUUUUUUAAAUGGCCUGUGGUGGGCCAGAUUAAGCAGAUACGACUGUCUUCAGUUUGGUGUCUGAGCUACCCUUGGACCACAGAGCAGUGCAUCAGUGUCAGCACAUAUCAUCAGCUCAGAAAUUGAGCAUUUUCCCCUCCUCCUGCAUUACAGGAUGAGAAAAGAAAUGCCUACUAUUCAAGCACUUUGAAAAACUCCCUAUUUUUAUCAUCCAUUAUAAUGAGGGUCAAAUUGUUACUGAAGGUCUCAUUUUUCCAUAUCAUCUUGUUUUAAAUAUACUCUUGAUGCUUUUAAAAUCUUGUAUUAUUGCUGAAGUUUAGAAAUCCUAUAAUAAGAAUAACCUUUUUUAUUUCAAUAAUUUUUCGGUAUUGUAUCCUUCUGGGACCUAAUGUUUUUAUAUGGUAAGCACACACCUUCUGACAUUUUGUUAUAAAUGUAUUAAAAAAUAAAAAACUAAGUAUUUUCACUGGUUUCUUUGCCUCUGAGAAAACCACAAUCUUACACCUGACAAAAACAAGAUAUUUUGAACAAGAGGGAGGUUUUUUUUGUCCUUUAUUGGUGCUGAAAGGAAUAACUGGUUGAUGCAAACAAGGUAAUAAAAAUUCAAGGCUCAAACAUU